AUGCCAGGCGUUCUCAUUCAAGAUACUCCCUUCAAGAUGAUUACUGUUAAAGAACUACAUCCAAGCUAUGCAGCAGAAGUCAUCGGAGCUGACUUCAUGGAUAUGUCGGAUGAGCAAUUGCGAGAGAUCAAGGCCGCGAUGGCCAAAUACGGCGUUCUAGUUUUCCGCAACACAGGAAUGACGGAUGAUGAACACGUUGUAUUCUCCUCUAAGAUCGGCGAACUUGACAACGUCAAAAGAUACCUCACUAGCGGUCGCAAGUUGCGCUACAAGCACUUUGAACUCUUCGAUGCCGGCAAUGUUGAUGAGGAUGGAAAUCCGAUCCACCCCGAUGCUCCUCGAUCGCACUAUAAUAGAGGCAACGCCUUGUUCCACGUCGACUCGUCCUUUAACCCACGCCGAGCUAGCUGGUCCCUCCUCAGAGCCGUUGAACUUCCACCACCUGGUAUGGGCGGCGAGACUGAAUUUGCUGAUAGUAGGACUGCGUGGGAUGAACUAGACGAAAGCCUAAAGAAGGAGUUGUUAGAAAAGGAUUAUAUUGGUGCACACACACUCUUGCAUUCGAGGAAGAGCGGGUCUCCGGAAUACUUCAAGGACCUCGAUCCCACGUCGCAACCCAUGACUCGCCAUAAAUUGGUUCAGACACAUGAGCCCUCUGGCCGUACCAAUCUGUACAUCGCGGCACACUGCCAUCAUCUUGAAACUGCAGAGGGACCUAUUCCUGGAGACGAGUCCAAUGCUCUGCUAAAGAAGCUGAUGGACCAUGUGACCCAGCCUAAGUACGUGUUGAGUGUGGAUUGGUUUAAUGAAAGCGAUAUGGUAGCUUGGGACAACACUUGCGUGAUGCAUAGGGCAACAGGGGGAAGUUUCGAAGGGAAGUUCAGGAGAGAUAUGAGGAGGACAACGGUACAUGACGAUAGCACAACAGCAUGGGGGUUGAAUGCUGGGCAAGAGGCAAGAGGUUUCAAUUUGCAGAAAGUUAUGGGUGAAGGGAAGGUUGAAGACAUUUCUGUGUCCGCAUCUGUUAUGAAGGCUAGCGCAUAA